AAUUCGCACUAAUCACAACCCGGGGGGACCUAUUUCAAUCAUGACUUCACCAACAAGCCCUGUGUUUGCCGAAGACUGUGAGUUGACCAAUGGCUUUGGCUCAGAGCCCAUAAGCGUAUCAACGACUCCCAUUCCUGCUGCCAACUCAGGUAGAAGAACUACAAAAAGGUGGUCUUUCCACAACGACAGUAAACCCAACUUGGUAGAAAGACCUCUGGAAGCCUCUAACCAAGGAAGGAGAAGACUAAGUGACAUCACGGGAGUUGAUGGAGUCCACAAGGAAAUCGAUGCCAACCAUAUUUCUCCCGCCCAGUUGUAUUCCACCGAAUCAGGUAGAUUGUUUCACGCUGGUAAAAUCUGUAUUGUAUUGGCAGGAUUACCAGGAAGAGGUAAGACCCAUUUAUCGGUUUCCUUAACCCGUUACUUGAGAUGGUUGGGGGUUAAGACUCAUUCGUUUCACUUGGGGGAUUACAGAAGGCGGAAUUUUGAUGAUUUGGACCAAAGUUUGUUCAUUGAGGAUACAAAGUUGAGACUCAAGAUUAUCAACGAGUGCACCAAUGAUAUGUUGAAUUUCUUUGAGAACGACAAGGGACAAGUUGCUAUAUACGAUGCAGUCAACCCAUUCCCUAAGAAUAGGUUCGAGUUGCACGAGAAAUUUAAGAACUUGAACAUUCAGACGUUGUUCAUUGAAAGUUCUGUGACGGACGACACCAUUAUCAUGAAGAACAUGGAGUCAGCAGCAGCGUCUUCUCCAGACUACGCCAACUGGGACUACGAUAAGGCCUAUAAGGACUAUAGUGACAGAAUCAAGGCGUUAAUGCCAUACUAUAUCCCCAUGGGAGAUGAAGAUGAUAACAAUAAGUUAUCAUAUAUCAAGUUCAUUAACUUUGGUGAACGAAUUGAAUUGCACAACUCCAACUAUGGCUACUUGAUCAACAAGGUGGUGUUUUUCUUGAUGAACUCCCGUAUCAAGUCUGGAUCGGUGUUUUUUGCCCGGUGCCAUAACAAUUCCAUCAACUAUAGUGAUGAUCCUCCCUUGGACACCAACGGGAAAACCUAUGCCAAAAACUUAUGCUAUACGUUGAUCGAGCAUUUACAGAAACAGAGGAAAGAAUACGUCGAAAACAUUGACCUUGGUAUUCAAGACGAGGAUGGGACUCCCGGAACCAACACACCCACGUCUUUAAAGCAGAAAAGACUGUUUUCGUUGGAUGAAAAACACCUACCAGCAGGAGCCGAUGGGGUGGAUGUCAAUUCCAUGGUAGUAUGGACCUCUGUGAAGAAGAGAACUAUAGAAUCCACCAAGUACUUCAAAGCGGCCAAUAUCAAUGUCAGGCACCGAAUUCAAUUGUCUCAAAAGAACCCUGGGGUUGUAGGGUCCAUGGAGGAAGAUGAAAUCAAAGAAGCUUUUCCCACCGAAUAUGAGCAAUACUUAAAGGACCCUUACCAUCACCGGUUUUCCAGGGCUGAACUGUACCACGAUUUGGCCAUAAAGAUAGAACCCUUGAUUCUCGAAAUGGAAAGAAUGAGUGGAGAUGUGUUGAUUAUUGCAGACGAAAGUGUCUUGAGAGUAUUUUACGGUUACUUGAUGGCAUCUUCAUGUUUCGACAUUCCUUACUUACCAUUCUCCCAAGAUGAAAUAAUAGAGAUCAAGUUCAAUGCCUAUGCCAAUGUGGCCAGCCAAAUUCCUAUCAAGGAUUUUUCCUGUAAGUAGUCUAUGUCAUCUAAUGUGAUUUCGCAUCUUUAUUU